AGUUCACAAGAAGGCUUGAGAGCAGUGAUCCCAAUCAUCGCAUCACAGUGGCGUCUUUUCUUGAGCAGGUGGAUACACUGGCUAAUAAUUUGAAGGAAGAGAACUUAGACCAGCUGCUUCAAUGCCGAGUCCUGCCCUAUGGUAGAGGGAAUAGUUCUCGGCCUGUUGCGGGCAUCUUGUGAAGGUGACUGGGAUUUACAUCUCCAUUUCAUGCGAAUGAUGAUCCCUUGGUGUUUUGCCUAUGACAAGGUGAACUAUUCACGAUACCUGACUCCUUCCUUUACUCAGAUGACAAAUCUCGGUGACAAAAAUCCUGAAGUACAGAAGGCAUUCAAGGAAGGCAGUUUUUCCGUUCAGUUAGCCAGCAGCAAUCCCUUUGGGAGGAUUCCAGUUGACCAGACAACUGAGGUCACAGUGAACAAAGAUACUCAGAAUCCUGGUGGAACCACACGCUUUAGCUUAAAACCUGCAACUGUUCAGCGCUAUUACGUACCUCACAGCAGAAUACCGAAGUGCAUUUCUUGGGCAGCCAAGAAACAUGGUGAAAGGAUCCAACUCGGAAACGCAGCAUACAGAGCUUCAGUCAUCAAGAAUAAAGAAAGAUGAGCUCGCGGUUUCAUCCAUAGUUGACCUCAUCCAAGGCUGGGUUAAUCCAUUUUCCGAGAGCCAAGAACUGAUUAGCAUUUCAACUGCAAAGAAAGCCCCCAGAGAGAUUGCUACAGACCUGAAAACAGCACACGCGGUUGGUGAAAGAUGUUACGCAAAGUUUAAAGAAAAGAGGAUGGAGAAGACUCCUCAAAUCAGGAAAUUCCAUGAUCCUCUGAAGACCAACAAACUUAAGAUAUUCAGCAACAUGAACAAGAAGAAACAGGUGCAUACCAACGACCGAUCGAUUAUUUUGAAAGCAGACAGGUCCUUGUUUGGAAGAAUCAUAGAUAUUGCACAAGAACGAAGCUUGCAGAUGGAUACCAUCCUUUCACACCCUCUUGGGCCACUUCCCUGGGCCUUGUCAACUCCAGAUGGCCUUCUGAGAAAGACUAACAAGGCCUCUCUGGCAUCACUGUUACAGAAAAAUGUACAGCUCUCUGAGAAAGUCCUUGUAAAUUCUGCUGCAGUUACUGAUGGCAUGUCUCUGGUGCAAGGCUAAAGGAAGAUCAACUGACCUUUUGGUAAUGUCGCUAUGACACUGUCCUGUCUAUGGCAAUGAAAGAAGGGGUGUGGUGCAACAGAAUAGACGUCGUAUUUGACACCUACAAGGAGCUAUCCAUUAAGAACAGUGAGUGGCAACUGCGAGGUGAAGGGUCAGGACACCAGCUUGUUAACAUCACUAGCACACAGAUAGGUAGGCAGUGGAGGAAUUUCCUGACAAGAGUGAGCAAUAAGACGAGUCUUAUCACCUUCAUCAUCAAUAAGUGGAGAAAGGAAGCAUGCAGACAGAAGUUGGAGGAGAAACUGUUGUAUGACAAUGCUGGUGAUACAUGCUACAGAAUCACAGUGGAAGGUAGUGAGGAGGAUUUUAUUAAUGGAGAAGUUUAAUGGAGAAGUUUAAACUCAUAAAGAGAUGUUGCAUUAAUUAUAGGCAGUUUAGAGAACUGUAGUCUUAGUAUAUUAUUGUAACAGUAGCUUUUGUAAUAUAAGGCAACCAUUAUCAAUUUUUCUGUAGCAGGGUAAUUAUCACGUCAUUUUCAGAGGGAAAUUUAGUUUUUUUGCGGCCGCGAUUUGCUUCUACAGCGGCAACCACCAACAGGCUCAUUUCCCAUAGCAAGGAACGGCCUCGCCAUUGUUUACGAUUUGAAGGGAAGAAGGGCUAUUGUUUUGGUAAAGGUAAAGUCUGCAUACAAGCGAAGUGGCCCAUCAGGCUGGAGCUAGGAGUAUUUCUACUCCCCC